AUGCCUGAUGCGCCACCAGUCAAACCCAUUCGGCGCUUUGCUCCAGUUCCAAUUGAGACGACAUUCGACUCGUACAGGGUGAACAACAGUAAUAAUAGGAAGAAUCCCGUCGGCCCUACUGCAGAAUUGACACCGGACCCUUCGCCAACAUCCCCAUACGCACCGGCGUUUCUAGGAGGGGAAAACAAAGAAGAUCUGAGGCGAUCUGAACAAUCGCAAAAGAAACCCAAGAGAAAGUUUGCCCCGCAAUUGAUUGAGACGACAAGAAGAUCCAAAAAGGCAGAUCAACCAGGUCCCGCCACCAAACCAAUAGAUAGGACGGAUAUCACACCUGGUACAAAUCAUAUAUAUGCUCCGAAGCCAAAGCGAAAAGCUGCACCCCGGCCUGCCGUUUCAGGUGUAUCGAAUGCUACCGGCGAUAGCGAUGGAUAUUUAACACCACGUCGGCAGCAGUCCAUGAAGCCGCAUCCCAAUACUCGAAGAAGCACGCGACAAUCGUAUACUCCCGAUCUCGAUACUAUACUAUCAUCCGAGUCGGAUAAUUCCGAGGAAGACGACGAUGAGGAUGCACCAAUUAUCAACAUUGGGGUCCCGGCUCUUUCUAGCGGAAACCCGGAACAAGAUGAUGACGAUGUUGGUGGUGAUUCGUGGAGUAGCAGACGCUACCAUGUCCGCGAGAGGAGAGAGUCGUGCGACGAGGAGUUCUCGGGUUAUCUAUUAGCGGUAGCCGCUAGGGAGGCGCACAGACAGCGCGAGCUCGAAGCCGCUAUGGCUGCGUUCCCCAACGGUGUACGACCCGAGGGUGUGGAACAUUUCCUCGUUAGAGAUAAUUCCGAGGAUGAGGAUCCUCUUACCCUAGAUGAACGAUUAAGACAUGGAACCUCACAGCUUCUGCGGCGCAAGGAGUCGGACCCGGGCUGGGCCGUUAAGGAAAUGCGAGCCCAUGCCGAAAAGCUAGCUCAAAUCAACCAAGAGGGGAUGAAUAUUGACGAAGAGUUGGAUCACGUUGAUAUAUCACCUCCUCCGGCAGACCCGUUAUGGACGACGUCCGUGUUCCGGACAUCUCUUGAUGAAAAUAUGAGAGAUGCUCCAAGCCCGAUAAUAAACGCGCAUUCACCGGCCCUGCUAGCUAGGAUGCGAAAGAUGCGCAUAGCUGCCUCGCCGCCUAUGCUCGGCGGCGGUCUACAGUUCCGCAUGUGCCCUAGCCCAAAGUCGACACGUAUGGAGCCCAGUCAUCAGUAUUGCAACCUUGAAAAGCCUGAGCGGCGAGAUGCCACAGGGGCUACAGGGCUAUGGCGUGGCUACUGUUCUACCAAGGCCAACGACGCUGUAGAGAUGACACACCCAGGACCCCAUCUGCUCAUGACACCGCAGGAGCCAAAUUUCCCGCAUGACCCUUUUUCCGCCGCUUUUACCGCAUCCAUGAGUAUAAGCGGUGUCAUAAGCGGUGCACAGUCGCCUGGGGUUACGUCCCCGACAGGCAGGGGCUUUCAUGUACUCUCGGGAUUGGACGAACGGCUAAAAAAGGCGAAGGCACGCAAGGAAUUCGAGGAGCGCAUCGCGGCCGAGUUUGAUGAUGCUUUCGUCACGCAGGUUUACAAUUAUCUCAGUCUUGGAUAUCCCGCUACCGCACGUGCCUUUGAUGGCGAACUGAGUAAGAUCAGCGGCAUCGACAUCGUGGAAUUGCGCAAGGAUGACCACAUAAAAAUCGAGAAAGGUUUCAUGCUGCAAAUGGAGAUGAGCAUCCCCAAGGGUAGUUCAAUGACCGAGUCCGACAGCGGCGAGGAGACACCACUACGUACGCCUGAAGAGGACGAGAGAAGAACUCGCAGGAGAGCGAAGCCACCUCGGUGGAUUGCACUGAAGCUUUAUAUACGCGAGUGGGCACGCCAGCACCCCGUUCUUAACGACUCUGGGACUGGCGAGAUGGCCUGGGGUGUCAGGGCUAGGAGAGGAAGUUGGGCUAUCUAG